AAUCAACAUGCUUUUUCUGUGUGCCAUGCCUUUGACACUUGUUGUUGCUACUAGGCUGCAACUUUAAGAAACAGGUAAUGGCCACUUCGUAACCUGAUCAGAGGCUUUAAUAAAUGAUGGAGCAGUAUCUGGGUUCACUAUUGCCACGGUUGUUGCUGUUUGCAUUUCCAAGGACAGAACGCAGCUGAACAAAGAUAAUCGAGCUAAAAACACUUUUGUACAGCAUUCUGUGAUCAAUUAACCAGAAGAUGAAUCCUGAGUAUGACUACCUGUUCAAAUUGCUGCUGAUUGGGGACUCUGGUGUGGGAAAGUCAUGUUUACUCCUACGGUUUGCUGAUGACACCUAUACAGAGAGCUACAUCAGCACUAUUGGGGUUGAUUUCAAAAUCAGAACUAUUGAAAUGGAGGGGAAGACUGUCAAACUGCAGAUUUGGGAUACAGCAGGGCAAGAGCGAUUUCGAACAAUAACAUCCAGCUAUUAUCGAGGGGCUCAUGGGAUUAUAAUUGUCUAUGAUGUCACUGAGCAGGAGUCUUUCAACAAUGUGAAGCAAUGGUUAGAAGAAAUUGAUCGCUAUGCAUGUGAAAAUGUCUCCAAGUUGCUAGUCGGUAACAAGUGUGACCUUUCCUCAAAAAAGGUGGUAGACUUUACCACAGCAAAGGAAUUUGCUGAGUCACUCAAAAUUCCAUUCCUGGAGACAAGUGCCAAGAACGCAAACAACGUAGAGAAGGCAUUUUUAACAAUGGCCUCUGAAAUCCAGAAGAGGAUCGGGACAGAGCGUGUUCAGAAUGAAACUGUUAAAAUGGGAUCCAAAAUAAACAGUGCCCCCCUAUGGCCAGGUGGAGAGAAGUCAGCUGAGGAGGUCAGCUCUUGUUGCUAGUACUCAAUAUCAUUAAAAUUCAGGGUAAUAUGAAAAUCCUUAUUUUUUGUUUAUCGUUCUGUGUUUUUGUUCCUUCUUUUCUUUCUUUUUCAUUUUAAAUGUAAAAUAAGCCAUUGACUUUAUGUUUGCACAUCCAGCUAAUGAAGAUGCAUUUGGAAAUGUUUCCGGAUAUCAUUUUCUGAUCACGCAUGCAUUGUUUUAGGUUAAAUGCUCUUUCAUCCUUUUGGUGAUGGAAAAAAACUAUAAACAUACACUACUUUCAAAAGUUAGGGGUCUUUAAGUUUAUUAAAUGUUUUUGAAAGAAGCUUCUUAUGCUUAUAAGGCUGUAUUCAUUUGAUAAAAAAAAAACAGUAAAAUCAGUAAUAUAGUGAAAUGUUAUUACAAUUUAAAAUAACUGUUUUACACUUUAAUAUAUUUUUAAAUAUAAUUUAUUCCUGUGAUGGCAAACCCGAAUUUUCAGCAGCUAUUACUUCAGUGUCACAUGAUUCAUCAGAAAUGAAUCAAAUAUGAUUUUGCCUAAUAUAUUUGUGGAAACCGUGAUACUUUUUUUUUCAGUAUUCUUUGAUAAAUUGAAAGUUUGAAAGAACACCAUUAAUUUAAAAAUAGAUUUUGUUUUUAUAAAAGAAUAGAAGUUUUUGUUUUUGCCUCUUUUGAUCAGUAUAGAUGAAUAAAAGUAUUAAUUUAUUAAAUCUUUCUGACCCCAAACUUUAGCAUGUUUGCAUUGUAGUGUAUAAAUGUCUGAUACUAUCACCUAUUUUUAAAAUAAACAGUUCUAUGAAAUCUAAGAGAAGUUCAGCUUAAAAUAUAUUUACUUUUCAAUUUCUCAAAAAAUAAAAAUGUAUUUCUCUUUUUCUGAGUAUAGAAGCACCUUCUGAUUGUAUUGAGCUUCAUUUAUAUGGUAAUCAAGCAAUUAUGCACUCUCACUGUGCAGUGCAUAUACAGAAGCUUUUGCACUGCAAGCGAAAUGAACACUCACAUCAACCAUGUGCUAAUUAUUACAUGUGCAGAUAUAGCACUGGUCCAACAGUUGUUGUGCAUUGCAAUACAUGUGUC